AUGUAUGCAGCCGGUGAGUGUGGCUUGCCAGCGGCCACGCACUGCAUCAUCCAAAUGGAUGUGGAUGUCGAUGUGGAUGUAGGCGAAGCGCAGGCCUUGUCAAUCACAGCAGCCAUGGCAGCAACGCCCCAAGCAGCAGGCGCAGCUGCGUCAGCCCCAACCGAUCCCGGCCCAGGACCACAGUCAGAGCCCCAGCCACAGCGCGAACCCGAGGACGAACCAGCGGAGCCAGCGGUCACCAUUAUGAACUGGACCCUUGUUGACAUUUGCGGCGCUCGCAGUUGGGGUUAACCCAAAGGAAAACAUAACCCACCAUUUUAAGCAAACACCCACAAGCACAUACACAUACAAAUAAUGCAUAGCACAGGCGGCUGCCUUAGGCAGCUCGUUAAAUUUUUUUUCGUGUAAUCAAGAACUUGUUGUAAUCAUAGAAAACAGCCGCAAGCUGUAUAACUUAAAAACAAUGUUAUUAAAUUUGCCAAGAUAUAUUAAUAUAUAGCGAAAACAA